UGUGGGGCUGGAUGGAUCCAUUACACCAAACUCAGGCUUUACCCUCAGCUUGCUGCAGCAGAAAUACACAAACACAAGAAUGUGUUGCUGUGGCUGAAGAGGAAGUUUCCCUGCUCCUCCGUCAUCCAGGUUGUAGAUUGUGGAGAAAAGAUGAAUGCCAUCCAGGUGACUUCCCUCACUCUGCUGUCCUUUCUGGUGGCUAAUGCUCAGGUCAUCAUGCCAGGCAGAUGCCCCAAGCCUGCUGUUCAGGAGAACUUUGAUGCUGCCAAGUAUCUUGGUACAUGGUAUGAGAUCCAGAAACUGCCACAUUCCUUCCAGAAGGGCGAGUGCAGCACUGCCACCUACAGCCUGAAGAGCCCUGGAGUGGUUGGCGUCCUCAACAGGGAGCUGCUUGCUGAUGGAGUAAUCAACUUCAUCAGCGGCUCUGCCACAGCUAAGGACCCCUCUGAGCCUGCUAAGCUGCUGGUCUCCUUCUUCGAGGGCACUCCUCCUGCUCCUUACUGGGUGCUGUCUACUGACUACGACAACUACUCUCUGGUCUAUAGCUGCACCGACCUCGGUGUGCUGCAUGUGGAGUUUGCCUGGAUCAUGAGCAGGCAGCCCACCCUGUCUAAGGAGACCAUUGAUGAGCUGCACAGCACCCUGUCCUCCAUCGGAGUCAGAGUGGACAAGCUGCUCACCACCAACCAGGAUGCAGCCUUCUGCAGUGCCAUGAACCAGUAGACACACUGAGAUAGACCUGAUUCAGUCCACAGACUGCUGUGUGGUGCCUGUGAUUGUACUCUCACUUGUGUACAACUCACUGUCUCACUUGUCUCAUGCCAGUCAAGCCUAUGGAAUAAAGUUACUAACAGCA